CAAUAGAAGCGCAGUUAAAAUAUUUGCUAGAUAGAGAAGCGGAACUACAGUUACAAAUUGACGAAUUAAUAGAAGAAAUUACACAAUUAGAAGCUAAGAUUACUAAUAAGGAUGGUCAAGACGGUAGUUUAACAUGCAGCGGGAAUGGAAAAAAGAGAGAGCGUGGAAAAAGUGUCGAAUGUGGGGAUAAGGCUGAAAAUAAUGAUAUUUGCUGGGAAGAGUUUGAAGCGCCAGAGUGGUGUAUUCCUAUUAAAGCAGAUGUAUUCGCAAAAGAAUGUCAAUUUGAUGUAAUUCUAAUGGACCCUCCAUGGCAAUUAGCAACUCAUGCUCCAACUCGUGGUGUCGCAAUCGCUUAUCAACAAUUACCAGACAUUUGUAUCGAGGAGUUGCCCAUACCGAAAUUACAAAAAAAUGGAUUUUUAUUUAUAUGG